AUGAUUUUAUCAGAGAGAGAGUAUUUAAAUGUGAAAGGAAAAUAGUAUUAAGGUGUUCAUUCAAAACUUAUCUGUUCUCCAAAUGAGAGUCUAAUAAGUAUUAAUCAUAAUCCCUCACUUCCUCAAUUGAAAUUAUAAGCAAAACAUCUUUUGGCUUAAUCAAUUCAUAAAGAUAUAUCUGGAGCUCCUCCUUUUAAUUAAAUACAUUUGAAACCAUUGAUUUGCAAAAAUAAAUCUUGUAUCUAUUUAGUUAGAAAUUUGGAAGAUAAAAUAGCUAAAUACAUAAUGAAAAUUAAGGAAAUUGCAAAAGAGAAUAAUAUACUGAGAAAGAAAUUAUAAAUGGAUAGAUUAGUUAUUGAUGGUUUAAUACCAUCUACACAUAGAUCUUAAUAAUCUUCUGAUUUUAAAUAAUUAACAGAAGAAGUUUAAUAUCCCAGAUCUAAUUUUAUUAGUCUUCAUGAUGCUCAUUCAAUAACUAAAUUUUCAAAUGAAGUUUGUUAUGCUAAUCUUACAUAAAAAUGGACAUCUGAUAUUAUUAAUAAUCUGAGUAUGUUAUUUCAAUAACCAUUUUCUGAUAUUAAUUGGAAUAAAACAACAAUAAUGAGUAUACCAUAAAUUUAAUCAAAUUAAUGUUUGAAAAGUUGUUAGAAUAAUGUUCAAACUGAUUUUAUAUAAUUGAAUUGUAAUCAUACUUAUCAUAAGAAUUGUUUAUGUGAAGAAAUUAUAAAUUAACCAAAAUUAAAAGGUUAUUUUUGUUAAUGCAAUUAAGAAUUAACCAAAUAUGAUAUAGAUUAAUUUAAUGGAGUUUAAAUGGCAAUUAUUAAAGAAAUCAAAUUAAAUUCUUAGUUAUCUUAAUUAAUAAAGAAAUCCAAUACUUUCUAUAAAUGCCAACAAACUACCUGUUAAUUUAUCAUCAUUAAUUCAGAAUUCGAAAAUUUACUUAGUGUUUAAUCUUUUUGUUAAUCAUGUUUAACCAUGAGAUUAUUCUAUAAAUAAGAAUAGAUAGAAAAAUGA